CGCACGCACGCGUUUGAUUAGUGGAGCGCGUGCCGCCCGGUUUGCGUCCUCUCCGAGCGCGGAAACACGACACGAGAGACAGGCAGGCAGACAGUAGGUUCGCGCUAAACUCGCGAUGUAACGACGCCCUUUUGGGCUUAAAUGCCAGUCGGGUUUUUUUUUUCGGUGCACUUUCCUAGAAGUCUGGGGCAUUUAACCCAAGGGUGCGUUUAGAAUUUUUUGUAGGACUUGCGCGUGAGACUGGAUCGUGGUGAACCCGUGGCUGGAUAUGACGCAUCGGUGCCAGUGAAGGAGAAGGAGGACUAGAAGGAGGAGAAAGGUUUGGAUCAGUAUUAGCCUAAAUUACGCACCGCAGAGAGACCCUCGGGGUGGAUCAUCAGCACCAUCAUGUCGGGCACGGUGAAGUUUAAAAAGGAGAAGGAGAUCCUCACGGAGUAUGAGAGCCAAGUGAAAGAGAUUCGUUCUCAGCUAUUGGAGCAGCAGAAAUGUCUGGAGCAGCAGACGGAGAUGCGAGUGCAGCUUCUCCAGGACCUGCAGGAUUUCUUCCGCAAAAAGUCCGAGAUCGAGAGCGAGUACUCGCGCAACCUGGAGAAGCUGGCUGAGCGCUUCAUGGCCAAGACGCGCAGCACCAAGGACCACCAGCAGUACAAGAAGGACCAAAACCUGCUGUCGCCUGUAAACUGCUGGUACCUGCUGCUGAACCAAGUGCGGAGAGAGAGCAAGGACCACGCCACACUCAGCGACCUCUACCUCAACAACGUCAUCACGCGUCUCUCGCACGUCAGCGAAGACAACAACCGCCUGCUCAAGAAAAGUAAAGAGAUCACUUUCCAGUUGCAGGAGGACCUGAUGAAGAUUCUUAAUGAACUCUAUACGGUGAUGAAAACCUACCACAUGUACCACAGCGAGACUCUGAGCUCGGAGAACAAGCUGAAGGAGGCCGAGCGGCAGGGCGAGAGACAGGGGCGGGGUGGAGAGGUGUUCAGUCUGCGCAACGAGGAGCGCCAUCAGCGCCGCAACGCCACCCGCAAGAUCCAGAAGAUGAAAGAGAAGCGCCAGGCCAAAUACUCCGAGAAUAAGCUGAAGGUCAUGAAAGCUCGCAACGAAUAUCUGUUGACUCUGGAAGCCGCUAACGCCGCUCUGUUUAAGUACUACAUCCAGGACUUGUCCCACUUGAUUGACUGCUGCGACCUGGGCUACCACUCCAGCCUGAGCCGCGCGCUGCGUACGUACCUGUCGGCCGAGUACAGUCUGGAGACGUCCCGUCACGAGGGUCUGGACAUCCUGGAGGGGGCGGUAGAGAGUCUGGACCCUCGCAGUGACCGCCAGCGCUUUAUGGAGACUCACCCCACUGCGUUCACGCCACCUGCUCGCUUCAACUUCCAGUCUCACAUGGGGGACCAGGUUAGUCAGAUCACAGCGAUGCCGCAGGUGCAGGCUGAGCUUCUUCUCCGCUACCAGCAGCUCCAGUCCCGGCUUUCCACACUGAAGAUUGAGAACGAGGAGGUGAAGAAGACAUCGGAGGCCACGCUGAGCACCAUCCAGGACAUGCUGAACAUGGAGGACUAUGACGUGUCUGAGAGUUUCCAGCACAGCCGCUCCACCGAGUCGGUCAAGUCCAGCGUGUCUGACACCUACCUCAGCAAACCCAGCCUGGCCAAGAGACGAGCCAACCAGCAGGAGACCGAGCUCUUCUACUUCACUAAACUGAGGGAAUAUCUGGAGGGCAGUAACCUCAUCUCCAAACUGCAGGCCAAGCACGACCUCCUGAAGAGGAGCAUAGCAGAGGGCUACAGAGCAGACAUAAUGACCACCAGCCGUCGUCGGAACUCCCACAGCAGACACCAGGACUCUGCCAAGGCCAUUCCACUGAUUGUAGAGAGCUGCAUCCGGUACAUUAACCUCUACGGUUUGCAGCACCAGGGUAUUUUCAGAGUCUCUGGCUCUCAGGUGGAGGUCAACGACAUCAAGAACUCAUUUGAAAGAGGAAACGACCCACUGACGGACGAGGAGAACAACCACGACAUCAACUCGGUGGCCGGAGUGUUAAAGAUGUACUUCCGCAACCUCGACAACUCGCUCUUCCCCAAAGAGAAGUUCAACGACCUCAUCGCCUGCGUCCGUACGGAGAAUCUGUAUGAGCGAGCGCUGUCUAUCCGAAAGCUGCUCAUGACAUCACCGCGCCCUACACUUGUAAUCAUGAGAUACCUUUUUGCAUUCCUCAAUCAUCUCUCGCAGUACAGCGAUGAGAACAUGAUGGACCCCGGGAACCUGGCCAUCUGCUUCGGACCGACGUUGAUGCCCACUCCGGAUCUGCUGGACCAGGUGUCCUGCCAGGCGCACGUCAACGAGAUCGUCAAGACCAUCAUCAUCCACCACGAGGCUAUCUUUCCUGACACCAAAGAGCUGGAGGGGCCCGUCUACGAGAAGUGCAUGAGCAGCACCGAGUACUGUGAGAGUCCAUACAGCGAGCCAGGAGUGUUUGAAGAAGGAGAACAAGAUGGCGGCACUGAAACCCAGACCAGUGAAGAGGAGGGUGAGCCGGUGGAGGCCCUGGCGAAGUUUGACUACGUAGGGCGCUCGGGUCGUGAGCUGUCCUUUAAGAAAGGGGCGACUCUGCUCCUCUUCCAGAGGGCUUCUGAGGACUGGUGGGAGGGGCGGUGUAACGGCACUGAUGGACUCAUACCGCACCAGUACAUCACACUGCAGGACGAGGAGGCUAUGUCGGACACUCUGAGUCAGAAAGCAGACAGUGAACACAGCAGCACUCCUACAGAUGAAGUAAACUCCAGGAGGUCCCUGACCUCCCCAACCGAACCCAGACUUCCAGAAACCUUUAUCAGCCGUCACAGGAAGAGGACGGAGGCCCUCCUGCGCCGCGCCCCCGGUCACUGCCAUGGUAACGGGCUGGAGCGCAGCUCCCCGCCGGUGACGGUAACGGUGACGGGUCACUUCAGCCCGCGCGAGCUGCUGCGCGGACACGGUGGACACCAGGACAGCCCGGAAACGACGCGUCGCCGCGGAGGACACAACAACAACAACUCCACCACCACAACGACCACGUCCACUACUAACGGCUCCCUGAGCUCGAGCAUCAGCCGUCACGAGUCUCUGCGCAGGGAGAGGGAGAGCCCACCCAUCCGCCAGUCUCCGUCUUCACUGCACUGCAGCGUCCCUGAACAGCGUACACGCACGCUCAACACGCACACCAUGGCGCAGGAUAUUGAGGAGACCAUGAGCCUGGCCCUGAACGAGCUGCGUGAGCUGGAGCGGCAGAGCGGGAAGCCGGACCUGGUGCUCGACACGCUGGAGCAGAUGAAGAGCAGCCCCUCCCUUCCUUCAGGCUCCACCCCUUCCACCCUGUCCAGCCCGUCAGAUUCACCGAGCCCGCUGAGUCCCCACAGUCCCCUGCCACCUCUACCUGGCCCGCUGACCCGCCGCUGCCCUGAGCCACUCCCCUCUCCCCGCAUGGGCGUUACGCUACGCCCCCCUGCCCUCCGCCCCAAACCGGCCAUCCUGCCAAAAAGCAACGCUCUGCCCCCUCAAAAGCCCCCGACCCCACCCCAAACCUUCCCCAAUGACAAAUCAGGCACUAUGUGAGCCUGAAACGGGUUUAACUCGGCAAAAAGCCUGAGGACUAAAAUCCACUUACUGAGGGUCAGACAGGGUGAUUGUGUUAAUACUGAAUAGCUUCCAAGCAAGAAGAGUCAACUAGAGUUAGUCUACGAUAUUAUAAUCAUUUACCGUGUCGUCAGGGUGGUGUGCGUGCGUAUUCUUUAUAUUAAAAAAAAAAAUGACUAGGACUUAACCUGUGUCUGUGUGCAUAGAUACUUUUAUAAGGAACACAUUCAGAGAUGGCAGAGAAGGAAAGUAGGAGAGAGAGAGAUUGCAGAUGGUUCGGGAAUCUGGCUUUGAGAAGCGUCGCUUUUUUUUCCAGUGCAAUGCAUCAUCAGUGCUUUGAUUUGCCAUGCCUUAUGAAGGAUAAUUCCUGCCAAAAAGGGGCCAUCCUUACAGUUUAAUGCUGCUUUCCUUGUUCAUUUUUUUUACAUUGUUUACUUGAGUUAAAGGAAGUGACACAGGUGCAUCGCGGGGGAAAUCAUAUCGCAUAAACAGUAAAAGGUAUUGAUAGUGAAUGUAGCACCUAGCCUCAAAAAGAGGUACGGGUGACUUUGAAAAAGCCUGAAUGUAUUAAAGGAGCAAUAAGCAAAAUGUUCUGUUGGAAAAUAUUGUGAUAAAUAAAUAAAGUAAAUAUGACGAUAGUCUGUGUGUAAAUGUUUUAUGUCGAUAUGUCCAUCAGAGGGACGAGACAAAUGGAAACCGAAGAGUUGCUUAUUGCUCCUUUAACUGAAUGUUCCAUGUUGUUGUUGUUUGUUUUGUUUUUUUCAUUUUUUCCACUCUGAUACCACAUGAAGCCUUGAUCACCACAGAAACCUUCCUGUUCACCGUGGAAACGCAAUCUGAUCGGACACUCGGGAGGAGGGGAGGAGAUCGGACAUUCGGAGGGCACUUAAUGAGCUUUAAUAAAAUGGGGUGGAUGGGGGACUGGUCGAGGGAAAGGAAAGGGCAAGGAAGGUGUUAAAAAAAAAAAAAAGAUGACUGAACCUGUCAAGCCACGCCCUCUCUUUGGUUGUCCUAGUAACACUUCCUUCCAUUAACCGGACUAGAAAAAAAUGUGAUUUUUCAUUCAUUAAAGGGGAUUUUCCGCUCUGCAAGGGGGACACGAAGGGUUCGAAACGGAGAACGAUAGAUGGUAUUAGAUUAAAGCUUUUUGUCCUAAGAGUGGAGCGAUCACCAUUCUGAUUUUCAGCCUGUACUUCCAGUGUGUGUGUGUGUGCCUGCCUUAAUUUUUUCAUGUGUAACAGGUUCUCUCCUGUUAGUGAACUUUAUGAUUUGUAAAGAAUAAGAUUUAGAAGUGUGUGUGUGUGUGUGAGAGAGAGGGCUGACCCAAAUGUAUAGAAAUGCUUGAUGAAGAUGAGAAGGUCUCGUGACUACCAAACAGCCAUGUUUUCACUUUUUUAUGCACAAAUAACGAUUCUAAUAAUUCUCACUUUUUUCCUGAUUGUUUCCUGAUGACGAUUUUUCUUUUCUUUUCUACCUGCAAUAUUUUAUACUUAUUUAUUGAUUCUUGUUAAGUGAAUGAUUAUUUAAAAACCUCGUUUCUACUGGUGCUCUCUCGCGUGACGGCGUGUAUGUGCGUGUACAGACAUACACACGCAUACUUAAUCUCCUAAACACUCACACACACAUGCACGCCGUGUGUUCACGCGAAAGUGCCUUUCAGGACGUGUGUGUAUAGAGGGAGGAGCCUGUUCUGCUACAGAUGUGUCGUGUGCCUGUCUUUCUCUGAAGCGUCGUUCCAAGAAUGAAAUGUUAAGAAUAGAGCUCUUUCCAAACAUGUAACCACUUUUGAAUGAAUCAUAAGUAUGUACAUUUAACCCAUUGUGACGUUGCACUUUCAUGUAUAGGACGGUAUUCGGCAUGUAGCAUUAUAUCAUGUUGCAGUGCAUUUUAACAAGGUGUCAGAAACUGAAUGUCUUUGAAAUAAAGUAAAGUUCAUAUGCCUCA